AUGGUUCGUGUAGAGAAAAUUAAAACAAAGAAGGGAAAACGAGUUUUAGAUGACAGGGCACCAAAAACGGUCGAGAAUAACAAAAAGACGUUAUUCUGUCGUGGAACAAAAACCAAUGAGAUUAUCAAUCACGCAAUGAUGGAUCUUUAUGAUAUGAAGAAGCCAUUGACCACGAAAAUGGACAAGCACAAUCCGUACCACUUGUUCGAAGAUGAGACCCCAAUUGUUCGUGCCGGCGCCAAGUUCGACACUUCGAUGUUUGUUCUUGGAUCGAACUCGAAAAAGAAGCCGAACUGUUUGACUUUCGGUAGAACUUAUGAUGGACAACUUCUCGACAUGGCUGAGCUCAGAAUUACUGCUUACAAAUCUGCAUCGAACUUUGAUACUGCAAAAAUGACACUCGGAUCAAAGCCAUGCAUCGUUCUUGAAGGUGCCGCUUUCGAGGCUGACUCCGACAUGAAACGUAUCGGAAAUUUGAUGAUCGACUGGUUCCGUGGACCAAAAGUAGACACUGUCCGUCUCGAAGGACUCGAAACUGUCGUCGUUUUCACUGCUAUCGACGAGAAGAACAUCGCUCUCCGUGUCUAUCGUCCAAUGCUCAAAAAGUCAGCGACUGCUACUCCACGUGUCGAGUUGACUGAAAUGGGACCAUCGUUGAACUUCGAAGUGAUGCGUAAGAAGUUGGCCGAUGACGCGCUGUUCAAAUUGGCUUGCAAGAAACCAAAGGCACUCAUGAAGAAGAGAAGAAAGAAUAUGAGCGAGGAUGUGUUUGGAAAUCAAUUGGCUAGAGUGCACGUUGGAAAGCAGAGAACUGAUGAUAUCCAGACGAGAAAAGUGAAGGCUUUGAGGAAGACACCACUCGUUGAAGCGGCAGCAACCAAUGAUGUUGCAAUGGAAGAAUGA